CCACAAAACAAAUUGUGAGCACCUACAACUUGACUCAUAACUCGACAUGUCUACCACAAUGGGCGACCAGAAGGCUUCCAAGUACUACCCUGCUGAGGAGGAGGCUAUUGUGAAGAAGGCCCGCAAGACCGCGCACCCCACCAAAUACCGCGAGUCUCUCACCCCAGGCACCGUCCUCAUCCUCCUUUCCGGUCGUUUCCGCGGCAAGCGCGUUGUGUUGCUGCGUCAGCUCGAACAAGGCGUUCUUCUCAUCACCGGCCCCUUCAAGUCCAACGGUGUGCCACUCCGCCGCGUCAACCACCGCUACGUCAUCGCUACUUCCACCGUUGUCGAUAUCGCAGGUCUGGAUGAGGAGGUCAUUUCGCGCGUGAGCAAGGACGAGUACUGGGCUCGUGAGAAGAAGGAGGGAAAGGGCGAGGAUGAGUUCUUCAAGGACGGCGAGACACCCACAAAGAAGGAGACGGAUCCCCAGCGGAUAGAAGACCAGAAGAAGGUGGACAAGGCGCUCAUGGCAAACAUCAAGAGGACGCCUGAGCUCGAGUCAUACCUCGGCUCCAGCUUCAGUCUGCGUAGCAACGAGAGGCCGCACGAGAUGGUCUUUUAAGUGCUGGGAAAGAUUGACGACCAAGUCCGGCCAUCUUCUCGUUUGGACACUACGGCUCCAACGAGGAUGAGCAUGCGGAUGCUAUGAGUUGCACGGUACGAUUUCAUAUGUAGAUGAGAUACCCAUGAUCAAAAUGUAUGACCAAUUCUCUAC